CUGACAGCAUAUGCCCAACUGGAAGCUCACAUAUGUUAGAAGCCUUGCCCUAUAUUGGAAGUAUAGCAUCAGUACAGCUUAUGAGAGAUCAAAUCUUGGCGAAAAAUAGAAUUACACAGGAAAAAGCACGCAGUUGGAUGUGGUCAUUCGCAUUUACACAAAGGCCAGGUACUGAAAUUUUGGAAGCUAUGAAACCACUGUUGGAGAACAACAUCGAUGACAGUAUUUUUCCUUUGAGCGUUUCUUCAUUAGUGCAUUCUUUUUGCAAAUACUCGAAGGAUUGUUUUAGUUCAGCAGUAGUUCAAGAUUUAGUUCAAAUUCUAGAAGAACGCAUCGAUUUAUAUAAAAGAAAUCUCGAGGAUAGAGAAACAAUAGCAAGGGUACUUGUAUUACUCAAAGCCAUCGGAAAUGCAGGAGUAGUUACGGAUGAUUUUUCCGACACUCUGCUGGAUAUAAUCAACGAUCCUGAUAUACUACUUGUUGUCAGAUUAGGUGCUAUUGAAGCUCAUAGACGAUUAUCAUGCACAAAAACUAGAGAAUUCUUCAUAGAACUCUUGAAGAACCAGCAGCAACCGACCGAAUUAAGAAUUGCAUCAUACCUUCAAAUCAUGAGAUGUCCAAAUUAUUUAGUAAUCAACACAAUCAAAAACACGUUAGACAUCGAAGAAGUUAAUCAAGUUGGUUCGUUCAUCUGGAGUCACUUACAUAAUUUAGUUCGAUCAGCAAAUCCAGUAAAAGUUGAAGUUCAAAGUUUGGUGUCAGAUCACUUAUUGGGACAAAAGUUCAAUCUUGGAAUAAGAAAAUACUCCAGAAACUAUGAAUAUAGUAUAUUUUUUGAAGAUUAUAACAUGGGUGGCAACGUGGAAAGUAACGUGAUAUUUUCUCCAGAAUCAUAUAUCCCACGAUCUUUGUUACUGAAUAUGACUGUCGAUGUUUUUGGAGAGAGUUUAAAUUUAUUCGAAAUCAAUACUCGAUUAGAAGGCUUCGAGCAUUACAUAGAAAGCAUAUUUGGACCAGAUGGCCCUUUGAGUUCCGAAAAAGUGAAAGACGUAGUACGUGGUCAAAUCAACAAACUGUCAAACCUACGAUUUCCUAGACAGGCGUCAAAUGUUGAAAUUACUGCAGAAGAUUUGAAGAGCAGCAUUGAUAAAUUGCCUUAUAAACUAGAUUACAAUUACAAUACUCCCAAACUGUCGUUGGGAAUGAAAAUAUUUGGAAAUGAUUUGCAGUAUGUUGAUUUUGAAGGAAAUGAGGAAGUUCAAAACGUUGCUAACGCGAUGAAUCCAAUGACGUACGUUUACAAUUUUCUGUCAGGAAAAGAAAUUAAAUUCAAAAAGGCUGGAGUGUUUUUAGAUGCUUCGUAUUCAAUUCCUACUUAUACCGGUUUUCCCUUAAAUCUAAAAGUACAUGGAUCUUCUGGGGUAGACUUUAAAAUGAUUGGAUCUUUGAAAGCAGACAACUUCUUCGAAACAAAGAAGAUGAAUUUAAAAGGACAUGUUACUCCGAGUGUCACUGUGGACGUUGUAGGAACUAUGGAAGUAGAUGCUUUCUACACGUCAACUGGAAUUAAAUUAAAAACCAAUUUGUAUUCGAGUUCUGCUGUUGAAGUAGUAUUGGUGAUUGAAAGUCCAAAGCUUGUGUCCUUAGAACUUAGUCUCCCAAAAGAAAAAACAGAGAUCUUCAGUGCCAAGUCAGAGUUAGUAGUAGUUCAAAAUGAAGUGGACCAAUUUCAAUCUGGUCAUAAAAACUUCAUCAAUGAAUCAUCGUGUUCGUGGCCUGUAUUUAAUAAAGCUAUCGGUCUUGAAUUUUGUGCCAACUACACCAUUCCAAAUGUGACCAAAGCAGAAACAGUUCCAUCGUUUCUUUUAAGUGGCCCCGUAACAUUUAAUAUUGCCUUGCAUAAAGCAGAUCCAACAGCUAAAAAGUACGUCUUCGAAUACAAAUGGGAAAACCUAAAUAACAUCAGCUACGUGAGUUUUAUCUUCAAUACUCCCAAUUCAGAAAUGAAACGUUUACUUGGAUCCAACAUAACUUUAGCAGAUAACAGCAAAAAUUUCACUGUAAUCUUCAACUCUGAUACAAACACAUUCCUUGCGCGUGGAUUGUAUAAAAAUAAUCAUAACAGCAUCACGUCUAAUAUAACUUUGGAUAUCAAUGGAAAUAAACAUCUGGAUGCACAUUUUGAAUGGACAAUUAGAAAUGAGACACACGGUCACUUGUAUAUUCCUAAAUUAUACUUGGCUGUUAAUUCGGAAAAAGUUGCAGAAUUGACAGGGUUAUUAAAAGCUGUGACAAAAAAGAAUAUUUCCCAAUAUGAUAUUAAACUUAGAUUUGAAACGAAAAGGUUGGUUGCUGUUUUGAUGGGUUAUGUAACGGACAGCGAAGCAUCAACGAGUACCAAGUUGAAAUUAGAUUAUAAGUUCUUGGAAAGCAGACUAGAAAACGUGAAAAUAGAAGGAAGUGUAAGUAAUCUAAGUGAUCGAAAUCGGACACAUCGAAGAGGCGAAUUCAAACUCGAAACUACAGCUUAUCCACAGUACAACUUUGUGUCAGCUCUAACCUUCAUCAACCACCUUGGACAUGUCGACUGCAAAAUAGACAUCAACACAUCCAAAAAUCUGACGGAUCCUAAUCAUACUUUGACCAUUCACACUAUACUUCUUUUGAACAACUCAUACGAAUCCAGUAAAUACAGCGCCCAAAUUUCUGUCUUCAAACCUAUAUCGCGUUUGGAUGUAGGAUUGCAAUUGCUAUACGAAAAAAUGGGUUUUCAGCAUCACGGUUGGAUUGUGGUAAAAUAUGCACCAACAAAAGAAAUCAUAAGUGAUAUUGAUGUAUCUUUCAUUAGUCGACCGAGCUUACAGGCUGAUGGUAAAUUCAAUUUAACCAUACCCUCGUUCGUGCCUUUCGUCAUUGAAGGAAGCAUUGCGGAAAAAUCUCAAAGAGAAUAUGUGAUAAAUUUGAACACAUGUUGGUUCACUGGACACACAAUGACAGCAAGAGCUUUUUACAACAAUAACAGCACCGCAAGUAGAACCAGCCAUUACUUGAAACUUCACAUGAAGUCACCUGGAGAUAUGGACGAAUCUUCUCAGAAACAAUCCCAUGAGGUUGACGUGAACUGCAGAUAUCAUCAUGAUAAAAAAGAACUGAGAUUGGAUGUUCAGGUUAGUCAUAAUGGUGAAAGAUACGGAAUACUUGUGAAGCAUCUAGAGCCUUCAGCAAGCAGUAUGUCAUCUUAUUUAAAAAUACGCUACAAGGCACAAAUCUAUUCGAUUACGUCUACAAUAGAAAUGGAACAUCCUAACAAACAAUUGUUACUCGACAUACAUCUCGAUAAAAUUCGAGAUAUCCACCUUGCUCUCAGAGGUAUUAAUGGUAAAGUGAAAAAAGAAUUCGGUGUAGAAGUAAAAUGGGAUGCAAACCGUGAUCCUGGUCAAAAGGCAGUUUUAUCUGUGGAGAUGCACAGACCAAAACCCUCUGCCGUCGACUACGAAUUUGUUCUGACGUACCCUGGAAGAACUGUAACAGGAUCUUUGGGAAUGAAAUCCACGGUUUCGCAACGUUUGGAUUAUGACUAUACAUUAACAUCUCGAGUCAUGUGGAGUCCGCAGGACGAAGUAUCCUUGCAUGUAGCUGCAGGAUAUAGGUUUCAACCAGGAAUUUUCACGAAAUUGUCAAUAGAUCUUUAUACACCAUUCGAUCACUGGUCAAGAACAUUAUUGCAUUUGAGUUUCCUGCUGCAGCAAAAUCUAAUCCAUGUAGACUGUUCUGUUUUAUGGGAGAGCAACAACCAAAUUUCGAUUGAUAUUUUUGGAGAUUACGAAAUCACUUCCGAGUCCUUCCGUUGCACUUACAACAGCAGUCUAAUUAGCACCAUCCAAAACGUUCCUUCUUUAAGUGCAUUCCUGAAACACAAACAUAACCAUUCGAGAAUCGACACCGAAAUUAACGUCAAGUAUAAUCCUGAACAAGUAAUUUCGAUCGUGAGUGGUUGGCAACUGGAUCGGGAAUUGCUAGCUGAUACAUUAUCAGGAAUGGUGACAAUUAACUCUCCUUUCAAAGGAUAUGGCAAAGGAUUGUUAGUUUGCAAAAUUACAUUGGCGCAUAAUAGAACACUUCAUGGGGCAGCUGAGUUGAAUUUGGAGAACAAGAAAUACACGUUGGUCAUUAAAGGUCACCUGCAAAAACUGACCAACAACAUGCUAAAUUUCAACAUAACCACUCCGAUACAAAAAUAUAGUCUUCUGACUGGAAGAUUUGGUGUGUCUGAAGAGUUACGACAUGCAGUGGCCGAAAUUAGAACUCCCACAGAUUGCAUGGGCUUGGAAUUAUUGCUGGACGUCCACACAACAUCCAACUUUGAUGUAAAGUUCUAUUUGGCAACGCCUUUUGAACAAGUGAAAGACAUAAUGUUGGUCGGAAAACUGAAGCAAACAGAGGUGGAUUUCCGAGCUGGUUGGAAUUCGUUAGUUCUUGGCUUUGCAGGCGUCUGGAGAUACAAAAUGUUGACUGAUAUGGAGUAUUCUUUUAAGUUCUUCAUCCCCAUUGAACAUUUUGAAGAAAAUGGUGUUGUUGUUAAAAUUAUUUACAAUGAAGAGUUGGAUCUAGAACUAUCUUUACAAUUAUCUGAUAAAAAGAUUGGUAUAAAAGCAGUUGGAAGACCAAAUCAGAUAGCUUUAUACCGUGAAUUUGGGUUUAAGAGACCCUUACUUUUCGAGCCAAUUCAAGAAGAGCAAGACGAGUAUUCAGACGAGGAAGAAAUGGAUGGAUCAGAAGACAUUUCUGAAGAAGAUUAUGCAUCCUGGUCUGGUCUUAUAGAACUCGAUACUCUAUUGUAUCCUACCAUGAAGGGAAUAUUGAAUUACGAGAAAAUUGAUACGAUUAGAUCCAUUUCGGGUUCACUGGCAUUGGAGGAAGGAGAAAUUGAACUUCGCAACGAUUUUCAAAUGUUGGAUGUGUUCACAAUGCGGAAUCAACUUUUGGUCAUCAGUCCAUUUGAACAAGCAAAAAAUAUCACUCUAAAAUAUGAUCUACAAAUAGAAAUGGGAAGCUCAUACCUUGUAGAUGCGGACUUGCAUGUACUAAGCUACAACGAUACUCAUCAGGGACGAUUAUUGGUAAACUAUACAGUGAAAGAUCUUGAUAAUCCUACUCAAUCAAGAAUACAUCAUGCACUUUUAGAGUUACGAACACCUAUUGAGAAUCUAUCCUUAGCGCAAGCGCAGCUGGUAUAUGAAACCCAGGAAGGAUUGUAUCGUGUCAACGUUACUGGAAGAACGUCUACGAGUGAGGCCUCUUUCGCUGGUAAUUUGGAGAUGUUCAAGGACUAUUUAGAAGCUACUGGUGGAAUGCGUUUGUCAUCUAACCUACUUAACAUACCUAUGGUAACAUUUUUAGCCAAAAAAGAUUUUUCGGAAAUUGAAAGACGAUUGGAGCUCGGAUUUGGUAUUCUGGAGAAUAAUACAUGGCAAAAGUUUGACAUUGAGACCUCUUGGCAUGUGGAGUCUGAUGACUUCAUCAACAUGAAAAUAAUGGUUGAAACACCAAUAGAAGCAGUUUCUAAACUCGGGUGUUCUAUUCUGGUAUCAAAAUCAUCCCAAAGUAGUGAACCGACGGCUUCCGCCUCAUUAGAACUCCAUUACAAAGAACACGAAUUAACUGUGAACGCCGGAAGACAAGGGUCACAUGUUACCUUUGAGCUCACGACCCCAUUGGAAGAGUUCAGAAAUAUUUCCUUUGAUGGCGAGUUAGAACAGGAGGAAUCCAUAACAGCAGCUUAUGUCGACGCAUCGUCUUAUGGACUAAAAGGAACUUUAAGGUCAGGACCUCGAAGAUAUCGAGUACAAGGAGAUGUCAUAGUACUAGAUUCGAUGCCCCUAAAGAUAAAUGUGGAAAUGAUACCACACCAACCUGGAGAACCAAAAACACUGCAAUACGUAUGGGCAAGGACACCAACAGGACAUGCAAUCACAGCGCGAAUGGACAGCGGAAAACGAUAUUUGGCGGUAUCUGGUGAAGCUGCCAUCAGGCAUAAAUAUGACUGGGAUUUAGGACUUCAUAUCGAUUCAUCUGUGACAGUUCUAAGGAACUUGAACUUCAAAAGUAAUCUAAAAAGCUUGCCAAAUGAUAGAAUGACCUUUGAUCUGGAAAUGACAUCACCUAUCAAGAAACUGGCUAGAUCAAAUCUAACAGUGGAUGUGACACUUAUAAAAGAAAAUGGCAAUAUGAACGUUGCUUAUGCGCUGGAGAGUUCACAUGGUAGCAUCGCCACCUCUUGGGUUUACCAUUUGAUGCAAGACAUGAGAGUCAACGUCGUCGCCCAACAACAUCUUCAGAACAAGCCAUUCCGGUAUGCUAGUUUGGCAGCCAAGUACAUCAAUCCUUCAACGACAAAGAAGAAAUUCGACAACUUGACGAUCGGAGCUGAUUUGAACAUUGAUAAUUUAUGGAAGGUUGGAUCCAACGUUUCAAUAGCAAUGCCAUCCUUCAGCGACGCAAAACUUGAUAUCAAACUACUUCUACCUCCUCCGCAUGCAGACUUGCAUCAUGCAAUCUGCAAAUACAAAUCCACAAACGAUCCUAAGGACUUGAAUAUAAAUCUGUUUUAUGAGACUGAAGUCAGCGAAUUGCAUUAUUCUGCAAAUGCUAAGAUGUUGAAAAACAUAUCAAACAACGCCAAUGAUACCCAAGCAGAAUUGGAAUUACUUUGGGGAACAAAAAAAGACAAGAAAGUCAUCGGUAAUUAUUUACAUAUGGUUCAGGAUAAUGAACAUCGUACUCAACUAAAUUACAAUUUGACGACACCUAAAUACAAGAACGAAGAAACUAUUAUAACGUCUCUUAAUUAUGACAAGGAUAACUACUACCACAACGCCAGUGGAAUCCUUCGUAUCCCUGCUUCUCGAUUGAUAGCAAGUGCGGACGUGGCAUACCACUCAUUUGAGAACACCCAUGGGAUAUUCAACUGCAGCACCCCCCUCAAGAAAUUGCCCUGGCUCGGAGGAAAUUUCAAACUCAAUGCAGAUGAACACAAUGGAAAUUCGCAUUUUGUGAGGCUAUUGUGGCCAAAUAAUUCAGCAUUUUUGGAUUCGCAUUAUUUCCGAGUCAACAACAACCAAUCUCAAAGCAUCAAUGGAACAUUGCUGAUAGAGUUGCCCUUGAAUACGAGACACUUGCUUUAUUCAGAAUAUGAUUAUAAUGGAAUGCCGUUAUUCAGUCGAGGUUCAGCAAUUCUGAAAUACAAUAAUAAGACGUUUUUGAACAGCAAAUAUGAAUGUAAAUCAGAAAACAGGGCUGGAUACAACAAAGAUAACGUGGUCAUAACAUUGGAUAACAAGCACACACCUGUGGGAGUGAACUACAUCCAUGUUCAACAACAGGAUAUGGUUAAGGACAGCAAUAUGAAACGAGUCGAAGUAUACCAUCUAUACAACCGAACAGGAUUCAAUGUCACUGGAGAAUUGCACAUGCUGACGACGCCAACUGGACGCCGCCUGGAACUACUCGCCGUUCAUACGAAUCGAACGGUCCGAUUGACAACUGAGCACGAUGUCAAAGAUCGAGAGUUGGAGCACAGGUCGCGCCUCCAAUUGGCCACCAACGUCUGGCUGGCGUAUAAAUUCAGACUCUUGAACUACACCAUGAUGACACAGGAUGCCCAGAAAUUCGAACUGGACAUCUCGUAUCCUCGUCGCAACUUAAGUGCCGUAGGGUCCUAUCGACUCACAAACGAGUACAUCCAGAGCGAAGCGACCCUAACCUGGGAUCGAAACGUAUCGACGCGCACGAUGAGCGCAGGACUCGAUUGGAGAAAUGUUCCAGGAGAAGAAGGCAAACACACUCAAACAGCAACGCUCACAAUUAAGCAUCCCUCAUUCGAGAAGAUCAAACCACGGUUUGCUGGCAACAAAACUGGAUUAAUACCAGUUUCUCCAAUUUCCUUAAAUGGAAAUUCGCAUUUUGUGAGGCUAUUGUGGCCAAAUAAUUCAGCAUUUUUGGAUUCGCAUUAUUUCCGAGUCAACAACAACCAAUCUCAAAGCAUCAAUGGAACAUUGCUGAUAGAGUUGCCCUUGAAUACGAGACACUUGCUUUAUUCAGAAUAUGAUUAUAAUGGAAUGCCGUUAUUCAGUCGAGGUUCAGCAAUUCUGAAAUACAAUAAUAAGACGUUUUUGAACAGCAAAUAUGAAUGUAAAUCAGAAAACAGGGCUGGAUACAACAAAGAUAACGUGGUCAUAACAUUGGAUAACAAGCACACACCUGUGGGAGUGAACUACAUCCAUGUUCAACAACAGGAUAUGGUUAAGGACAGCAAUAUGAAACGAGUCGAAGUAUACCAUCUAUACAACCGAACAGGAUUCAAUGUCACUGGAGAAUUGCACAUGCUGACGACGCCAACUGGACGCCGCCUGGAACUACUCGCCGUUCAUACGAAUCGAACGGUCCGAUUGACAACUGAGCACGAUGUCAAAGAUCGAGAGUUGGAGCACAGGUCGCGCCUCCAAUUGGCCACCAACGUCUGGCUGGCGUAUAAAUUCAGACUCUUGAACUACACCAUGAUGACACAGGAUGCCCAGAAAUUCGAACUGGACAUCUCGUAUCCUCGUCGCAACUUAAGUGCCGUAGGGUCCUAUCGACUCACAAACGAGUACAUCCAGAGCGAAGCGACCCUAACCUGGGAUAGAAACGUAUCGACGCGCACGAUGAGCGCAGGACUCGAUUGGAGAAAUGUUCCAGGAGAAGAAGGCAAACACACUCAAACAGCAACGCUCACGAUUAAACAUCCCUCAUUCGAGAAGGACGUAACUUUCCGUGGAGAAUUGAGACGUCAGAACGAUCGUGAAUUGUUGUAUGCACGAAUGUUUGUGGAAUACUGCAAUGAUCCAAAUAGUCUGGUCGAACUUUGCGGAAGUUUUCAUGAUAAUUCUGACACCACACAUCGGAACUACAGUUACAAAAUCAUUGCUGUUCAUAAGGCAACUCAGCUUGAUUUGGAUGUAAGAGGAAGCUUAAGUGGGCAACCUGGUCUGUACAAAACAUUCAAUCACGGACAAUAUAAACGGUCUUAUUUGCCGCUUCAGCAAGGAGAAAUUGAAGGUACCAUAGACGUACCAAACAAGGAAAUUCUCUUGCAGAAAAUCAACAUGUUGGCUGUAUCUCGACUAUGGGGUCGUGCAGUUAUGCAUUAUCCUUACUACCAAAUUAAUGGCACACUAUCAAACAGAGACAUCGAUUCUAAGGGUGAAUUCUAUCUUAACAUGGACGAAAAGUUGAUCAGAAUGGAUGUUAAUAUGACACCAGAUGCUUCCCAGUCAAUGCAUGUUUUUGGUACCAUUCCUGAUGCCAGAAGCGCUUCCUUUAACGUUUGGAGAGAUUACGAAGAUAUAAGAGUUAGUGACGUCUCAUUUUAUUGGAGAUUAAAUCAUUCGAAAUUGAUUACUGGUCAGUUGACAUGGAGACCGAAAAUCAAAGAGGACAUGAAGGGAUUCUUGCAAUAUGUGGCAGUAUAUAUUUAUGACAGUAUAAACGAAAGUGCAGAUUAUUGGCGCCAAUAUAUUCGGACGGAAACAAUGGAUGCAAUAAAAGAUGUCUGGCAGGACGCUGAGCCCUAUAUUCAAAAUUAUUUGGAUGAACUACAUGGUCUUAAGGUGCUAGAACAAGAUUUUGAAGAAUUCCGAAACUUUUUGAACCAAUCCUACUACUCAGACGAUUUCUACAUCCAGGAUAUUGUAGGAUUUUUCAAUUAUGUUAUUGAUGAACUAGCAAUCAGAAGUCCAAUACAGUCGUUGCCGGAUAUUAUUAAUGAAAUUUGGGAAAUCAUGGGCGAAUCUGGUCAAGCGCUUCGUAAAUCUAUAUUAUGGCUUAUAGAAACGGCCAAAGCCUCUUACAAAAAAGCAGUGGAACUGAUAUCAAAAAUUUUGCACGGCGAUUCUAUGACUGAAAUAACAGCGAUAUUGGAAGGAAUAAUUGAAAGAUAUGAUAAAUUUAUCAAAGAUCUUCAUGUGUCCUUUAUAAAAUACAUGGAGCAGUUGUGGGUAACAGCAAAUGAAUACAUAGAAUAUCAUUGGAAAAAAACUAUACAAUCUUUAGAGCCGUCGUUUAUCAAAUUCGUCCACUACGUAGAAACCAUUGUAUGGAAAGUCAGCAGAGAAGUUCUUGACUUCCUCUAUGUGAGAACAAACGAAAUUGCGGAACUGCCUUACUUUACCAAAUUUACCGAUUUUACUCAAGACUUAGAUCAUAUAUACAAAGAUUUCACAGCAAAUGAUAUAUUUACUAACAUAUAUAAAUAUUCAAGCCGAGUCUGGAAUUUCUUAUGUGAAAAAUAUUUCCGACUAAUACCAUUUAGCAAAGAACUACAGGACGUUGCCGAUGAGAUUAUGGAAGAGUUUAAGCAACUACAGGAACUACCAUCAUUCAAAUACAUCUUAGUCAAAGUGAGAGAAAUUGAGAAUAAGAUAACAUGGUUCUUUGACUAUUUCGAAGUGAAAUCACACUUACAACAUGCUCUGAAACUACUUAGGACAAAGUUGACGGAAAUUACACAAACUGCACUCCAAACGGAAAAUAUGUACAGAGAAGCAAAAACCAAUUUCAUAUUUGAUCCAGAAACUGGGUUGAUGAAGUUAGAACAAAAACUACCAAUGUCCUGGCAUGCUUUCAAUGAAACGCCAAAGUUUGAGGAAAUACCGGAGUUUAAAGCUAUUAGUAAUUUGCAAUCGUACUUAGAAGUUUCGAAUACAACAUUCUGGACACUUUACUAUGAAUAUAAACCAGUAACUGAACCCAGCACGUGGUUGCCACCAUUUAAAGCUCAUGCGGUCAUCGUCGGUGGAUCUCACUACAUAUCUUUCGAUGGGCGAUAUACCAGUUUCGAAGGAGAUUGCAGUUAUUUGCUGGCUCAUGAUUUCCUGGAUGGCAACUUUUCAAUAGCACUUAGUGCACCACGCAGCCAAAACUUCACAAGACGUUUUUAUAUUCAAACUGCAGGGGUUCUGGUGACCGUCGAUAUAUCUGCAAAGCAUAUACACGUGAUUCUUAACGGAGUGAAAUAUACUCGACUGCCAAUGUAUUUGGAGCACACCUUAAUGUACCGAGAUUUUGAUGUCUUCAUCAUAGAAUCCGACUUGGGCUACACGAUUGAGUGCAACUUACAAUAUGAUAUCUGCAUUGUCAAAUUAACUGGUUGGUACUUUGGAAAAACUGCUGGAUUAUUAGGAACAAUGAAUAAUGAACCGAGUGAUGACAUUAUUACAUCGAAGAAGCAAAAACCAACAACUUUGCAGGAAUGGGCAAAAUCCUGGAGCCUCGACAUCGAACAAUGCUCAAAGAAUAAGGAGGCGCCAAUGGUUCCACAGGCACCUCCACAAAUUAUGGACACAGUUCUCGAGUUAUGUGACGGAUUUUUCAAAAAUAAAGCGUCUGCGUUUGCUGCAUGCUUCGGUGUGGUUGAAGCUGAUCCGUUCUAUAAUAUUUGCGUAAAUCAAGUGAAAAACAAAUCCACUGAAAGAUUAUCUAAAAUGGCAGCAUGCAGUGCGGCAGUUGCAUAUCAGCAAGUGUGCACUUUGCAGCAUACACCAUUGAGGAUUCCAGACACUUGUGUGCAAUGUGAACUGAUCAAUGGGUCUAAAUUAAACGAAGGCGAAAGGAUACAGUUUGACCCACAAAAAUCACCGAGAACUGCUGAUAUUAUUUUCCUAAUUGACUCCAAAUCUUGUAAUGAAGACUUGCUGAUCAAGAAGAGCGCUAUUGCGUUGAUCCAGUCUAUAGAAAAGGAACUCCAAGAUUUGAAUAUAACACAAAAUCGAUAUGCUGCUGUCAUAUUCGGAGGCGUAGGAGCCGCAACUACGCCAAUCAGCGUCGUUAUAAAUAAUGAAAUAUUUACCGAUCACUCGAACUUCAACAUGUACCUGGAUCCCAGUAUCAUCGGUUCUAAAGAGAGUCUUUCAAAGGGCGAUGCAGAAGGUAGUAAAGAUAUAUUUGAAGCGGUUGCAUUUGCGAGCAAAUUAGUAUUUAGACCAGGAGUAUCGAAGAUAUUCAUCACAUUACCAUGCUCAACUUGCAAUCCAAAAGAUAUGAAACUGGAUUACGCUGCUAUAAAUUCCCUCCUGCUGGAAAGUGGCAUAAAACUGCACAUGCUGAUCAAUGAAGAAUUUACCUUUGAUAAAGUGAAAACAAAUAAAGCAUUUUACGGUAUCGAUCAAGUCACCGCAUAUACGAAAAAAGACGUCAAUGGACUGAUUGGAGACAAGGAACUGAGAGACUCGGUGAGACUUCCAAAAGCUACUUUGGGAUAUUGUUCCAGAUUGGCACUAGGAUCCAAUGGUUCGCUAUUCACCGCAAAGAAAAUGGAAAGUGACAAGCGUAAUCCGGUGAAAAAAUUCGUGAGCGUUUUUGCAAAACGAGUGGCGGUUUCUGCGGUUCCGUCCGCUUGUCAGAUAUGCGAGUGCACGGCGCGCGACUACGGGACAGCCUACACCCACUGCCACUCCUGCGACUACCAGACACCGCCGAGCCAGGACACGGUGAGUUCUAAAGAGAGUCUUUCAAAGGGCGAUGCAGAAGGUAGUAAAGAUAUAUUUGAAGCGGUUGCAUUUGCGAGCAAAUUAGUAUUUAGACCAGGAGUAUCGAAGAUAUUCAUCACAUUACCAUGCUCAACUUGCAAUCCAAAAGAUAUGAAACUGGAUUACGCUGCUAUAAAUUCCCUCCUGCUGGAAAGUGGCAUAAAACUGCACAUGCUGAUCAAUGAAGAAUUUACCUUUGAUAAAGUGAAAACAAAUAAAGCAUUUUACGGUUCGUAUCGAUCAAGUCACCGCAUAUACGAAAAAGACGUCAAUGGACUGAUUGGAGACAAGGAACUGAGAGACUCGGUGAGACUUCCAAAAGCUACUUUGGGAUAUUGUUCCAGAUUGGCACUAGGAUCCAAUGGUUCGCUAUUCACCGCAAAGAAAAUGGAAAGUGACAAGCGUAAUCCGGUGAAAAAAUUCGUGAGCGUUUUUGCAAAACGAGUGGCGGUUUCUGCGGUUCCGUCCGCUUGUCAGAUAUGCGAGUGCACGGCGCGCGACUACGGGACAGCCUACACCCACUGCCACUCCUGCGACUACCAGACACCGCCGAGCCAGGACACGAAAUUUAUGGAUGAAUCUUCUGUGUUAGCGCUCCUCCAAGAUUUCAGUUUCGACAGAGAUUUCGAAAGUGAUUAUGUGGAUUCGUCAUAG